UUUCUCCUUCCGAUGAGCGCUGUGCAGGGAUUUGGUUUUCGCUAGUGCACGGUGAUAACCAACAUUCACCUUACUGGCGCCGUAUUUUGCAGUCGAAUUUCAACCUUUGCGAAAAACGCCUUUUUUUUUGCCUUCCGCGUAAGCAAAAGACUCGACAACCGCUAACAAUUCUCCAUUAUGUUCUGGCACACUAUGUCUCGGUUCCUUUUAUAUGUGGAUAAUGAAAGCGAGUUCCUGAUAAAGGUGCUGUCGUGGCUGAUCAUGUUUCAGGGUGGCUGUGUUUUCUUGGGCAGGCACAUCAGAAAAUUGCCUUACGGGAGGCAUGUCACCGAUGCAUACAGAUUUCGCAUCAACGCGAAGGCUGCUUGGUUUUUCCAAGAGAUCCCGGCCCUGGCAAUCCCACUGUAUUUGUUUUUCAGGGCUUACAACAGACCUUUGCUACUUCCUAAUCAGCUCUUGCUCGGCAUGUUUAUUUGUCACUACAGCCAGAGGUCACUGUUAUUCCCCUUUUUAAUCAGAGGAGGAAAGUCGACACCCUUGGGUACUUUUGCAUUGGCUUUGCUGUUUUGUAUAUGUAAUGGAUACCUACAGGCUGUGAAUCUAGUCAAGCAUGCUGUUUACGCCUCUGAUUGGAUAACUGAUCCACGCUUCCUCACAGGCUCAGCUGUCUGGUUUCUUGGAUUGUUAGUGAACCUGCAUUCUGACAACAUACUUAGAAACCUGCGAAAACCUGGUGAAACUGGAUACAAAAUCCCACAAGGAGGACUGUUUGAAUACGUGACCGCUGCCAACUUCUUUGGAGAAGUAGUUGAAUGGAUGGGGUUUGCUAUAGCCUGCUGGUCACUGCCGAGUACAGCAUUUGCUAUAUUUACCUUUCUCAUACUUGUUACUCGGGCUAUACAACAUCAUCGGUGGUAUCUGGAAAAGUUUGAAGAUUAUCCAAAGACGAGAAAGAUUUUGAUACCUUUCAUUUAUUGAAAUAAUCAAUGCAUCCGAUAGAUUAAAAAGUUAGAAAGAGAAUAAUUCGAACCUUGAACUUGGGUAAAGGCACUGAUCACGGCUGAAAAAUGAGACUUAUCCAUUGGUUGCAGAUUGGUGAUAGCCAGUUGUGAAAAGUCGUACAAAACAGCAAAAGUUAAGAGCACCUGCCCCCAACGUUUAAUAUGAUGAUUGCUAAUUUCAACUCCUCUUCUGUGUCACUUCCACCUAGCCGCCAAUUCCCUGAUUCUUUUAUGGUCGGCCAUUUUGAUUCCACUUCCCAUUCCCAUUCUGAUAUGUCAAUCCAUGGCCUCCUCUACUGUCGAAUGAGGCCACCCUCAGGUUGGAGGAACAACACCUUUUAUUCUGUCUGGGUAGCCUCCAACCUGAUGGUAUAAACAUCGAUUUCUUGAACUUCUGGUAAUGGGCCCCCCUCCCUUCACCAUUCCCCAUUUCCAUUUCCCUCUCUCACCUUAUCUCCUUGACUGUCCAUCACCUCCCUCUGGUGUUCUUCCCCUCCUUUUCUUUCUUUCUUCCAUGGCUUGCCUAUUAGAUCCCCCUUUCUCCAGCCCUGUAUCUCCUUCACCAAUCAACUUCCCAGCUCUUUACUUCAUCCCUCCCCCUCUCAAUUUCACUGUCACGCUUGUGAUUCUCCCUCCUCUUCCCCACCUUUUAACUCUACUUCUCAAAGUUGCUGGUGAAUGCAGCAGACCAGGCAGCAUC